GCAAAGUUCAGGAAGCAAGCAUAAGCCAAUGUAGUUUCAAUUUCAGUUCUCUAUCUCCACAAGUGGGUGGAUGCUACAUCCGGUUUGACCCCGACUCUUUAAUGAAAAGAGCUUUAAGGAGGAACCAGGCACAGCUGUAAGCCUAAGGAUACAGAGCCUGGGUAGUGGAGAAUCUUCGCUCACAGUCAGGUUAUCAUGGUAUUUGGUGUCAGCAUGGAGGCUCCCAUCUGUCUAGUGGAAAAUGAGAAUGAAUACCUGAGGGUGAAUCCCAAAGCAGUAAACAUUCUUGAGAAGAUUACGCAGCCUGUGGUGGUGGUGGCCAUUGUAGGGCUGUACCGUACAGGGAAGUCCUACCUGAUGAACAGGUUGGCAAGACAGGACCAUGGCUUCAAUCUGGGCUCCACAGUGAGGUCUGAAACUAAGGGCAUCUGGAUGUGGUGUGUGCCUCACCCCACCAAACCAAAAUUCACACUCGUGCUUCUGGACACGGAGGGUCUUGGUGAUGUGGAAAAGGGUGACUCUAAGAAUGACUCUUGGAUCUUCGCCCUGGCCGUGCUUCUAAGCAGCACCUUCGUCUACAACAGCAUGAACACCAUCAACCAGCAGGCCCUGGAGCAGCUGCACUAUGUAACUGAACUAACAGAGCUGAUCAGGGCAAAAUCCACUUCCCGAUCUGAAGAAAUGGAUGACUCUGAUGAGUUUGUGAGUUUCUUUCCAGACUUCAUCUGGGUUGUUCGGGAUUUCACUCUGGAGCUGAAGUUAGAUGGACACGUCAUCACAGCAGACGAGUACCUGGAGAAUGCCCUGAAGCUGAUUCCAGGCAGAAGUCUCAAAGCCCAAAAUUCUAACUUACCUAGGGAAUGCAUUAGGCAUUUCUUUCCAAAGCGGAAGUGUUUUGUCUUUGAUCGACCUACAAAAGAAAGAGAACUCUUAGUCCGUGUUGAAGAAAUGCCAGAAGACCAGCUUGACCACAAUUUCCAAGCACAAUCAAAAGCAUUCUGUUCUUACAUCUUCUCCAGUGCAAAGGCCAAGACCUUGAAAGAGGGAAUCAUUGUCAAUGGAAACCGACUGGCAACUCUGGUGACAACCUAUGUGGAUUCCAUCAAUAGUGGAACAGUGCCUUGUCUGGAAAAUGCGGUGACAACUCUGGCCCAGCGUGAGAACUCUCUAGCUGUGCAGAAGGCAACUGACCAGUACAGUGAGCAGAUGGUCCUGCUAGUGAGGCUCCCCACAGACACACUGCAGGAACUCCUCAGUGUGCAUGCAGCCUGUGAGAAGGAAGCCAUUGCUGUCUUCAUGAAGCACUCUUUCAAGGAUGAAAACCAGCUCUUCCAGAGGAACUUGGUGGCUGCCAUAGAGGAAAAGAAGGAAACUUUCAUGCAACAGAACGAAGCAGCAUCUCUCAGUUACUGCCAGGCUGAGCUGGACAAGCUUUCAGAGCCCCUGAGGGAUAGUAUCUCACGUGGAGUUUUCUCUGUUCCUGGUGGGCACAGCCUCUACUUAGAAACCAGGAAGAAGGUUGAACAGGGCUAUGAGCGAGUGCCCAGGAAGGGAGUGAAGGCAAAUCAUGUCCUUCAGAGCUUCCUACAUUCUCAGGUUACCAUAGAAGACUCCAUCCUGCAGUCAGACAAAGCCCUCACUGAUGGGCAGAAGGCCAUGGAAGCUGAGCGGGCUCAGAAGGAGACAGCGGAACAGGAGCAGGAGCUGCUGAGACAGAAACAGAAGGAACUGCAGCAAGUGAUGGAAGCUCAAGAGAGAAGCUACAAGGAAAACAUGGUCCAGCUGCAUGAGAAGAUGGAGACUGAGAGGAAUACCCUUCUGAGAGAGCAAGAGGAGAGACUAGCACACAAGUUGAAGGUCCAAGAAGACAUGCUUAAGGAGGGAUUUAGAAUGAAAUAUGAAGCAAUGGAUUCAGAGAUAAGCCAACUACAAAAGGAGAUUCAAAAGAAUAAGAAACAGGACAGGUCAUUGGGUGCUCAACUCUUCGAUGGGUUUGGAAAUGUGUUAGUUUCAAUAUUGCCUGGUGCUGCUAAGCUAGUUGGUCUAGGGUUGGAAAUGCUAAGCACUCACAUGAAAAAGAAAAAGAGUUCUUCUUAGAAAAGUGUAGAUGUGCUUCUUUACUCUUGAGAUUUUUGAACUCUGUGUCAUGAUAACUUCAUUUAUUAAAUCUCAAAAACCAA